CAAAUCUCCCAAAAUUUCCCUCAAUUGGCAUCCAGGGUUCCUUUUCUCUUAACUAUCAAACGUAUAAAUACAGCCGUCGCGUGGAUCAUAGAUUACCAUAAACAAUAAUAAUCAAUGGAGGAUCGGCCGUCCUCGCCGCCGUCGAAGAGCUGGAGCAUCUACACGCGCCGUGAGAUCUCCUCCAAGUAUGAAAUCCUAGAGUGCAUCGGCUCCGGCGCCUAUUCCGAUGUCUAUAAGGCCCGCCGCCGUUCCGACUCCCUAAUCGUCGCCCUCAAAGAAGUCCACGACUACCAGUCCGCCUUCCGCGAAAUCGAGGCCCUGCAAAUGCUUCAGAACUGCCCAAACAUCGUCGCCUUGCACGAGUACUUCUACUCUGAAGAUGAAGACGCCGUAUUAGUUCUCGAGUACUUGCCCACCGAUUUGGCCGCCGUAGUGAAGGCUGCUAAGAAGGAAUGGGAGGAUGGGAUCGGUGUAGGCGAGGUGAAGCGGUGGAUGGUACAGAUUCUUCGUGGUGUCGACGCCUGCCAUAGAAAUUCGAUUGUUCACCGUGAUUUGAAGCCGUCGAAUCUGCUGAUUUCCUCCGAUGGAGUUCUCAAAAUCGCCGAUUUUGGACAGGCCAGGAUCCUUCUCGCGCCGGGAUUUGUAGACACCAACCCUUACUCUCAGUUCGACGAGCAAUCUUCUUCUAGUCAACCACCUUUUCCUCAGCCAUCCGAAUCCGUUCCACCAUUAAUGUUUCAGUCAGUGGAAAAGCUAGCGGAAUCAGGUAGUGGGAAAGGCUCUUUACAUCCUGAUAAUCCAAGACCCACCGAGAGUCCCCACGACAUCGACGAAGAUUCCAUGACUCAAGAUGGAGCUGCUUCUUGUGUCGCCACAUGUACUACGAUCGAUCAGGAGGAUCCUUACCUGCAAUCCUAUUCUUACGAAACUGAGGAAGGAGCUGACGUAAACGGUCCCCUUACCUCCUGUGUCGGGACACGAUGGUUCAGAGCACCCGAAUUACUCUUCGGCUCCACCAACUAUGGGCUGGAAAUCGACCUGUGGUCCGUCGGUUGUAUUUUUGCCGAGCUGUUUAGCCUCGAGCCAUUAUUCCCCGGGACUUCAGAUAUCGAUCAGCUCGGAAGAAUAUUUAAUGUUCUCGGAAACUUAACGGAACUAGUUUGGCCUGCCUGCACUCAACUUCCUGAUUACAAGAUAAUUUCGUUUGGAAAAGUCGAAAAGCCAAUUGGCUUGGACGAAUGCCUCAAGAAUCGAUCUCCCGACGAGGUGGGUCUCGUUAGGAAGCUGUUGUGUUUCGAUCCGUCGAGUAGAGCUACUGCAAUGGAACUGCUUCAUGACAAGUUCUUGAAUGAAGAACCUUUACCAGUCCCGGUAUCGGAGUUGAGGGUUCCCGACAAACACGGCGGCGGAGGUAUGGAUUCGUCGGGCGAAUGGAAUGGGCGUAGAGGUUUCGAUUCCGAUUCCGAUUUCGAUGAUUUUGGGUGUGAUGUCACCACCACAGAGCAUGGGUUCUCGAUUCGGUUCUCUUGAGUCGACACGAUUAGGGGUAACUAUGAAGUCUAAAUUUUUUUGUGUCCCUCUCCCUGCGUAUGUAUGUAUCUAUUUGGGUCUUUCUAAGUAUGAACCCAUUGCAUGAAAUGAGUUGUGUAAUUUUUGUAUUGCGUCCAACUUUGGGUAUUAAGUUAUGAGUUGUUGGAAAAUAUUGAUUUGCAUUG